AUGGACGUGGAUCCUGUAGCUCACUCUCGACGAUAUCCAGUUACUCCGCAAAUUGCCAGAGAACAGGUUUUAUCCAAAGAAGAGCGAAUCCAGCUUCUGACCAAGGAGCACAUACACCUUUGGAAGAGGUGCAUAGCAGCCCAACAGUCCGGCUCGAUGGAGGAUCUCAAGAUUCUACUCCAUCAAGCCCAGGACAGUCAGAAAGUUUUACAAAAACUAAUCCCCCGACAAGAGUUAGAGGAAUUUGUCAAGGGUUGGAACCCCUGGACGAUGAAGAAAGAGCUCUUUCCCCAAGAAAAAAGAGAGGGGAAAAAGAGGAGCUCCUCCUCCAAAGUGAAGAAAGAGGCUUACAACGAUCCUCUUCGAUGGAAGAAAGUCAUGCGCGGCUGCAACACUCUCGAAGCAGCCUACCGCCACAUGGCGGAUUAG